UCCGUAGCGGGGCCUGGGAUCGACUGCGCGCCCCAGCUGCGACCAAAAAGUCCUUAUUUUCUCUUCUCCUAGAUGGAGGCAUGGCUUGGUCGGUGUUAAAGCCUGCAGCCCGUCUGGUCGCCAGAGCUCUUGCACCAAAGGACCUUCCCACUCACCAUUCCCUCUGGGGCAAUGUGAGGCCAGUUAGAAACCCCCAGGCUCCCGAGGGAGCCAGGUAUCGUCCCAUUUUUCUCCCUUUGGGGCCCCCUGCGGGCAGCCCAGGGGUCUGCAGGGUUAGGACUGGAUUACACGAAGUUCGGGGAAGGCUGCUGCUCAGAUUCGGACUCCUGAGGAGCCGCCCCAACCCCAGGCUCUGAUUCCACUCCGGUGACGGUCGAGACGCCUUGCUAGUGUCCUCUCAUCGGGAACUGGAUCAUUCAGAGCGAUUAUGAGUCACAAAGCCGUAGGGCCUUGAGGAGCGCACCACGGGGCGGGGUCAGGGCCCCCACCCCCCACCCUGAGGCAGGGUGACGCCCGCGGUCACUUCACAAGGCAGAAAUUGUUACCUGGGCAAUAAAAGGCACCGCGGAAGAGGGGGCCGGGGAGUGGGCACAUGGGGGUGCGGGUGUGCAGGUGCCAAGCGCCAUGGGUUAGGCCCGAGAUCGGAGUCCGGCCGCCCCCCGACAGCAGCCGCCUCCUGCUCCCCACGCGCCCCAGGCGCCACCAUGUCGGGCGACAAGCUUCUGAGCGAACUCGGCUAUAAGCUGGGCCGCACAAUAGGAGAGGGCAGUUACUCCAAGGUAAAAGUGGCCACGUCCAAGAAAUACAAGGGCACAGUGGCCAUCAAGGUGGUAGACCGGCGGCGCGCGCCGCCCGACUUUGUCAACAAGUUCCUGCCACGCGAGCUGUCCAUCCUUCGGGGAGUGCGGCACCCACACAUCGUGCACGUCUUCGAAUUCAUCGAGGUGUGCAACGGGAAGUUGUACAUCGUGAUGGAGGCGGCCGCCACCGACCUACUGCAGGCAGUGCAGCGAAACGGGCGCAUCCCCGGGGGGCAGGCUCGCGACCUCUUCGCGCAGAUCGCUGGUGCCGUGCGCUACCUACACGACCACCACCUGGUGCACCGCGACCUCAAGUGCGAAAACGUGCUGCUGAGCCCUGAUGAGCGCCGCGUCAAGCUCACCGACUUCGGUUUCGGCCGUCAGGCUCAUGGAUACCCCGAUCUGAGCACCACCUACUGCGGCUCUGCUGCCUACGCGUCGCCCGAGGUACUGCUGGGCAUUCCCUACGACCCCAAGAAGUACGACGUAUGGAGCCUGGGCGUCGUGCUCUACGUCAUGGUCACCGGGUGUAUGCCCUUCGACGACUCGGACAUUGCCGGCCUGCCCCGACGCCAGAAGCGCGGCGUUCUCUACCCCGACGGCCUCGAGCUGUCCGAGCGCUGCAAAGCACUAAUAGCCGAGUUGCUGCAGUUCAGUCCGUCGGCCAGGCCCUCCGCGGGCCAAGUAGCGCGCAACGGCUGGCUGCGUGCGGGGGACUCCGGCUAGAAGCCGGCGUUCCCACCGUUCCCGCCGCCCCGAGCAUUGCGCAAGCGCAGGGCACGCGCAAGAAGCGCGCUUCGGUAGUUCCGCGAAGCCGCUGCGCACCGCUGUGCACGCGCCCUUCCCCCUUCCCUACUUCGACGCCGGGGGCCGCAGUCGCCCCUGUUUGGAAUUCAACUACUACAACACGAUCCCAAGAGCAGGAGGGCGCGUGCGCCCCCUCGGUUACCGGCGAGAAGGCCCCAGGAGGGGGCCAGAUGAGAGGAGACAGAAACGUUGCGCCGGUGCUGGGUGAGCGACCGCUACGCGGUGGGCCGUGGCUGCUUGGAGAAGUUGCUGGCGAGCGGACGCGCGCGGAGGGCGUCCAUCCACAGCCAGCCUCGCAUACCGGUGAGGGAAGGCGCGCUUCAGGCGCUGCCCUCCUUGGAACUUGCAAUAAACUCGCUCUUUCUCGCACCUA